AUGUCAUCGAAUAUUAAUAACACAACGUCUCAACAAAUUAAACAUGUUAAUAGAAAUUUUCGACAAAGCUGGAAGGAUGAGUAUCCUUGGCUUGAAUAUGAUUCUCUAAAUAGCCGAAUAUUUUGCACUUUAUGUCGGGCUUGUAAUAAAAAAAAUAAUUUUGCAAAAGAUGGAUCUAAGAAUAUUAAACUUUAUACUAUAAAAGAACACGUUAAAACCAAAGAUCAUAUUGACUCACAUAAAAAAGAAGAAAUUAUAAUCGUACCACCUGGACAUGUUAUAAGUUUAAUGAAGAUUGUUUAUUUUAUGACGCAAAAUGAUAUUCCAUUAAAUAAAAUUAAACCACUUACACAACUUAGUCGUGCUAUUGACAUUACAUAUGUUGAUAAUGGUUAA